AGUAACUAGAAGCGAACUAGAAGUGGCUUGCUGCGGUUGUUCCGUACGUCAGUCGCGUACACUGUUUGGCUGGAAGCAAACCGUGACAGUUUUUAUUUCGUCGGGGGUUUUUGGCGUCGUCGUCGAUUGUGUUUAGUCUAUAGGUGCUUCCAGUGUUCGGUUCGGUUGGGAGGUUCUCGGCUUCGGUUAUCAAGUCAGGCGGCGGGUGUUGAUUUCAAGUUCGAUAAAGAUUUGUCUCCGUCAUUGCCAUCGCAAAACGGCUUCAAAUUCGCGAGAGAUGAGAAAGCAAUAUCGCUUUGGAACACUCUAAAAUUAAAUCACGUACGAUUUUCCGGACCACAAACGUCAUUCAUCGAAUUAUAAGUAAGAGUGUAACGCUAAAGGAUCCGGUUGCAGUGCGGGGUGGUGAAAUUCGAAACGUGUGUCAUCUAGCGACGAAUGUGUAAUUUGGAGAGAUUCUAAAAUAGAUUCUCGUCAUUAGUGUCGAAUACAAAAGAAGAACAAAAAGAAGAAGAAGCAGAGUGUCUGUGAUUGAUAUUCGCAGUGGCAGAGGAGCAGCAGUUGGAAAUAUCAGUCACGAGAACGCGCGAACUUGAAGAUCUACCAGAACAGCUGGUAGAUAUUUUUCAAGACCGGAGAGCAGUUUAACUGGCGCGAAAGAAUGAGUCUAGACAACAACUGGGACGUGAAGCCUUCCUUUCUCCCUCUUCUUCUCAGAAUCUACAUAGUAACAUGGAACGUGAGCACAAAAUUCCCGGAAAACCUCUCCCUCCACAAACUGCUCGGCCUGGAAUCAUCACCCAGCCAGGACACCGACCUUCCCGAUUUCUUCGUUAUUGGCCUCCAGGAAGUUAACGCCCAACCGCAGAACACGCUGUACAACCUCUUCAAGCAUGACAUGUGGACGCAAAAGUUCAAGGACCUGCUCAAGGAGCGGGACUACGUUGUGAUCAAGACCGAACAGAUGCAGGGUCUGCUACUGUCAGUAUUCGCCCGGCGGAAACACUUGCUCCACCUGCGGCAGGUGGAAACCGAGUACACCCGGACCGGACUCGGGGGGAUUUGGGGUAACAAAGGUGCUGUUAGUAUAAGGUUAAAUGUAUACGGCUGUUCGAUAUGUCUGGUCAAUUCCCACCUGGCGGCCCAUGACCACAUGCUGGAGGAACGGAUCAACGACUACGACAAGAUCGUCCAGGAACACAAGUUCCACGUCAAAACGAAGGAAACCAUCUUCGAUCAUGACUACGUGUUCUGGUUCGGUGAUCUCAACUUCCGACUGACGGGUGAAGCGACCACUUCCGCCGAAGAGAUACGUGCCAUGGUCGCCAGGGAUGAGCUGAAGAAGCUCAUCGAGAAGGAUCAACUGCUGUUGGUGCGACGAGAGCGCCGAGCCUUCGAUAAGCUGCAGGAGCGGUUACCACAGUUUCCACCGACGUUCAAGUUCGAACACGGAACCAAUGACUACGACAUGAAACGGCGCCCCGCCUGGACCGACCGGAUAUUGUAUGCCGUCAAGGAGAACAACUAUCGGAACGUGAAGUUGACCGUGGAGCAGACGUCGUACAAAAGCCACCCCAGUUACAACAUAAGCGACCACAAGCCGGUGACCAGUGAGUUCACCGUCAAGGUUAUUCGCAAACCGCAGUACAGUGGUGAACGGUUCAAGAGACACCACUACAAGCGAUUCAGUUACCGAAUGGCGAUCGCCAACGGUACCGAGCUGAGCUCGUUUGAUGAUUUGGUUUCCGAUUUGGUUGACGGCCAACAGGUUUACGAGGACACGACCGAGCGGACGAUCAUGUUCAAGCCGAUCGAGCUGUGGUCGGUAGGUGAACCGAACACGAUCGAGUACGUCAUCCCGGCCGGAUUCGAAGAGAGUAACGCCGACUGGAUCGGAAUCUAUCGGGAGGACUUUACUAGCUUGAGCGAGUACCUGGCGUACGAAUACACGGAAACCUACAAGGAGAAGCAACACCAGUUGAACGAACAACAGCAGCAGCACCAGAAGAAUACCCGAACGGUACAGUUGACUUUCUCGGAGAACGUCAACCUGCCCCUGGGCGUCCGCUAUCAGUUGUUGUACUUCCAAAGCACCGGUACUCGUGGAGUUACAGGCCUAGUAGGCAUCAGCAAUACCUUUGCGGUGGAGAAACGCUGUCCAUCGCCAACGUUCGACGAUAUUGAUUGAUCUAGACGACGCCACCGUAGGGCUAGCUUACCCACGACCACCAUUGUAAGUUUUCAGCAAAACCCAAGGUAUAGACCACUACUGUAACCGAACCAACCAAUCAGCUGCUUCUCGCCUGGCGCACCCGAGUGUGAUAAUCGAUUAGUCACUAAAUUUAGUUGCUUUAGAAAAAAACAAGGAAAAGUCAGACACGAAGCAUGUGAGGCCUUAGAGCGUGGUUCCUGUGCAAACCACUCCACCACAGAGCAAAGAGUCAAGUAUAAUUUAGAAGUGGUUCGUGCAGUUGCUGAACUAAACUGAACUAAAAUCAAAGCAAGUGUUUAUCUUUGGUACUGUUGCUUCCUUACAGAUUUGCAAGUUCAAUCAAAAUUAUGCGAACCAAAACCAUGAAACUAUGCAAUAGUACUAGAAUGCUAGCGCGUGUUAAAAAUUGCAAAUUAAAUGCCAAAUUUGUUUUAUAAGAGUCAUUGCGAUAAUUCUUUGUUGGUUGUUGUAUUGUUAGGCGAAUAGUUAAAUGUUUAAUUUCUAGACCACCAUACUGGGGACAAACGAGUAAUUCCUUUUGCUGGGUGCAAUUUAAGUUUGAUACAUCAACUUCACAAUCACUAGUACGAUCAGAAUCAUGUUUUACCACAAUCAUAGCAUCAAAUACCAAGUAUUGCAAACGACAGAUUGAUUGCCGUUGAAAGCUUUCACCACCACUUUCCAGACGUAACCUUAAGUCCAUUUCAAAGAAAUACAGUUCAAUAGUAAAAUGUUAUGCCCAAA